CUCCUUUUAUAGCUCUUGAAAGCAGGAGUGCGACUCCCGCCCGCUCCUUACUGGCUUUUUUUAAGCCCUAAGUUUCCCUCCCCCGCCCAUCGCCAAAGAUGAAGCUCGUCAGGUUUCUCAUGAAGCUGAACAACGAGACUGUCUCGAUCGAGCUUAAGAACGGAACUGUUGUUCAUGGCACCAUCACAGGAGUUGAUAUUAGCAUGAAUACACAUUUGAAGACUGUAAAACUGACACUCAAGGGAAAGAAUCCAGUAACACUAGAUCAUCUAAGCGUGCGAGGUAACAACAUCCGAUAUUAUAUUCUUCCUGACAGUCUAAACCUCGAGACUUUACUGGUGGAGGAGACACCUAGGGUCAAGCCCAAAAAGCCAACUGCUGGGAGACCUUUGGGACGUGGCAGGGGUCGUGGCCGUGGACGUGGACGUGGCAGAGGUCGCUAGUAGCAUUGCACUCCCAAUUUUUGCAACUAGUCUCUCAUGUAGCUUUGUUGUUGCUUCCCUGAUUUUGAGCGUGAGUUGUCCGUCGACCUUCUAGUUUGGACUUGCCUCAGAAAUACCUUUUUUUUUUCGGGUUUAUAUGGUUUGUAUAUUGACAUCCCUUCCUGGUCCGUCUGAAACCAGUGGUAAAAUGACUAGCCAGUCUCCAACAGUGCCUAUUCUGCAGUAUUUC